AUGGAAGACUUUGUUCAGAAACACCGGGUUGGUGCAGACCAGUGGCGAAGAACUGGAGUUUUUACUUUCGCGAGUAAUAAGAAUUCUACAGGGCCUAAAGUAACUUACAAAAGGAUGCAAGAGCAUCUACAAAAGGAGUAUGGCAUAUCGAUAUCGUAUGGUACCGUUGUUCAGUUGUGUGCCGUGAGGAACAAGAGAAGGAUUUCGGCUCAGCGUUACCAGGGUGUUGCAGCAAUAACUUGCAGAAGAGCACGUAAAGGUUUUGAUGUCAAAUUCAAUCCCGAUAGCCGUUGGUCAUACUGCUUUUACAAGGGCCUUGAUAUGCUUCAGCUAAAAGACGGUUCAGAUAAAAUGAUUCUCAAUAGAGACGACCAAGCAGGAUUCCGUCUGGAUAGUACUUACACACAUAAGAACCAUAAAGCUGUCUGCUUGGAAGGAAAGCCAGAACUCACGUCACAUUCUGACUAUGUAAGCAAACACGGAGGUCAACUUCAAACAUCAUCUUACUUAUUCAUGAAGACGGAAACCACUGGUCAAGUGUCUGUUGGGAUUGUCAAAGCACCUGGCGUUCUACACGAGAAAACAGCAACACAGCAUCUUGCUGACUUGUACUGUUUGAAAGAAAAAGCAGAAAUGGAUGUGUGUUUUGAAGGAAAGAACAUUGAUUGUAUUAGAGUUGAUGGGGGAGCCGAUGAGGGCCCAAGUCAUGUUGAGGUACAGUUUCGAUGGACCGAAUGGCAUCUAAAAGAAGGAAGGGAAUUGACACUGGUCACAACAAGGAACAGUGGUGCGAGCUGUUACAAUCUUGUAGAGCUGCAGAAUGGUGUUGUUGGCCGAGCGCAUGCUAAUCUCUUUAUACCGUCGACAUUGUGUGGAUCUGCCGAAACUGAAACGGGAGGAGUAUCUCAGGAUAGAUUACACGAAAACAUGGAAGCAGCACUGCAGGUGUAUUUGGAUAGAGUCAAUGACAUACCAUUUGGUUCAUCUGUAAUAAAAAUGUACAGAGGUGCCACAGAUAAGCAUGCAACAGAGCUGAAAGAUCAGAGACAGAAUUUACUUGUGUAUUUGAGGGGAACCAAAGCAGCUAAGGCCGAACUCAAGAAGAAGGAGCCAAAUCAAUAUCAUUACUUUGAACAGGUUUGGAACUUACGGAACCAGCACAUGGUACCAAACCUUCCAAGUGGGUAUGUGUUUGCUCUCAAAGCCUGUUACAAGGAGGGUUGCAUCCAUCCAGUUUGCAAGAACGGAAAACCAGCCAAUGAUUCAUUAUGGUUCCCAGGAGGGCCAAGUAUUCAGUACCUGCCAUUUCCAGUACCAGACCCUAAACGACCUUGGGGAGCCAAGGAAUGUGACAAGUGCAGUGGUAUUUGUAGUGGACACUACAAGGGACCAGAAGAGGUGCUAG